AUGUAUUCAGAGUGCCGAUCUAUUUUUCUCUUAUGCAGUUACUUCUCAACAUUCAUGUUUGUCUAUUCCCAAAAGCUACUCGCAAGGCAUUGUCCUCAAGUUGUACCAAUAUCUGAUUUCGACCGGGACAGGUACAUGGGCGUCUGGUAUCAACAAGCUCAGUUCAAGUCUUUCCUAAGAGAGGAAGUUAUGUGCAAACACGUCGUCUACAAACCUGUGGGAGAGAACGGGUUUCGCCUUGAGGCUCGAAUGUUGGCAAGAGUGCUAAACGGGCCAGUAUCGAUAUACGGUGUUGCCAAGCCUGUUAGACCCUCAAACGAUUUAACAGGUGAAUAUGUGGUGACUAUGUUUGGGGAAGCAACGAACGAAGAUAUUUCUUACAAUAUAUUGUUCACCGAUUAUGAUAGGAUAUCCAUUGUUUGGAGUUGUGACUCGUUUUACAAGCUAUGGAGCAAGCAGAACAUUCAAGUGUUGACAAGAGACAGAAAGAUGAACUCGACGACGUUGUUGGCCUCAACGCUAAAGACACUGCUACCUCAGCAGCUGGACCAUUAUCUUGAUCUGCUAAGUCCGAUAGAUCAGAGUGAGUGUGAGGAAAUUUUGCCUCAGUGA